AUGGGUGACCCGUUAUGGUGCGGGCAGAGCCGCUUCCAGAAAUGCCCUCACGCCGCAGCGGCGGGGCUGAAUAGGAGCUGCCUUAAAAAUCACCGCGCUCGUCAGAGCGGGGCCGUGCCGACUGUUGGAGUAAGAGGGAAGGAUAUUGUGGUUCUUGGUGUGGAAAAGAAGUCUGUGGCAAAACUUCAGGAUGAAAGAACCGUGCGGAAGAUCUGUGCUCUGGAUGACAAUGUCUGCAUGGCGUUUGCAGGGCUGACAGCUGAUGCCAGAAUAGUUAUAAAUCGAGCUCGUGUGGAGUGUCAGAGCCAUAGACUCACCGUGGAGGAUCCUGUCACCGUGGAGUACAUCACACGUUACAUCGCUAGUCUGAAGCAGAGAUAUACACAGAGUAACGGUCGCAGACCUUUUGGUAUCUCUGCUCUCAUCGUGGGAUUUGACUUUGAUGGAACGCCGCGGCUGUACCAGACUGACCCCUCCGGGACCUACCAUGCCUGGAAGGCCAAUGCCAUUGGCAGGGGGGCCAAAUCUGUGCGUGAAUUUCUGGAGAAAAAUUACACUGAUGAAGCCAUUGAAACAGACGAUCUGACUAUUAAACUUGUCAUCAAGGCUCUUCUUGAGGUUGUGCAGUCUGGUGGGAAGAACAUCGAGCUGGCAGUGAUGAGGAGAGAGCAGCCGCUGAAGAUCCUAAACCCUGAAGAAAUUGAGAAGUACGUGGCUGAAAUUGAAAAAGAAAAGGAAGAAAAUGAAAAGAAAAAACAGAAGAAGACAUCAUGAUAAAUGAAAUUUGACUGCUUAGCUGCAUAUUUUUAAUUCAAGUGAUGGGUUAUUCUGUAUAGACAUGUAGGCAUUCCACAUAUUCAUAACUGUGCCCCCUUGAGAUCUACAAUAAACAUACUGAUUUUUUUUAAAGCUGUCAUUU